CUGCUGGGUCUCAGGGGAGCAAGCACCUGGCUCCUCGGACCACAUCAGCCACCUUUGGUCUGCUCCUCCACCAGCCAAAAAGCAGAGAUGCUGGUCCUCUGGACAAUCCUGCUUCUCCUGCUGGGAGCAGCUCAUGGGAAAGACGUCUGCUAUAAUGACCUUGGAUGCUUUUCUGACACUGAGCCCUGGGCAGGGACAGCUAUCAGGCCCCUAAAACUUCUCCCUUGGAGCCCUGAGAAGAUCAACACCCGAUUCCUGCUCUACACCAAUGAGAACCCAAAUGCUUUCCAGCUUCUCCAGCUUUCUGACCCAUCCACCAUUGAGGCCUCCAAUUUUCAAGGGGCCAGGAAGAGCCGGUUCAUUAUCCAUGGCUUCGUAGACAAAGGAGACAAGGACUGGGCAACCGCCAUGUGCCAGAACAUGUUCCAAGUGGAGGAGGUGAACUGCAUCUGUGUGGACUGGAAGAGGGGCUCCCAGACGACCUACACGCAGGCCGCCAACAACGUGCGCGUAGUGGGGGCCCAGGUGGCUCAGAUGAUCGGCAUCCUCUCGACAAACUACAGCCACUCACCUUCCAAAGUCCACCUCAUUGGCCACAGCCUUGGAGCCCACGUGGCAGGGGAGGCAGGAAGUCGGACUCCAGGCCUAGGCAGGAUUACUGGACUGGAUCCUGUCGAAGCAAGUUUUGAAGGCACUCCUGCGGAGGUGCGGCUGGACCCCUCAGACGCUGACUUCGUUGAUGUGAUUCACACAGAUGCGGCUCCCCUGAUCCCAUUCUUGGGCUUUGGAACAAACCAAAUGGUGGGUCACCUUGACUUCUUUCCCAAUGGAGGACAGUACAUGCCCGGGUGCAAAAAGAACUCGCUGUCACAGAUUGUGGACAUAGAUGGCAUCUGGUCAGGAACCCGGGACUUCGUGGCCUGCAACCACCUGAGAAGCUACAAGUACUACCUGGAGAGCAUCCUCAGCCCCGACGGGUUUGCGGCGUACCCCUGCGCCUCCUACCGGGACUUUGAGUCUAACCAGUGCUUCCCCUGCCCGGCGGAAGGCUGCCCGCAGAUGGGCCACUACGCUGACAAGUAUGCUGGCAGGACAGAUGGGGAGCAGCAGAGGUUCUUCUUGAACACAGGGGAUGCCAAGAGCUUUGCACGCUGGAGGUACCGGGUCUCGCUGACCCUGUCCGGGAGAACGGUCACAGGGCAAGUCAAGGUGGCCCUGUUUGGAAGCAAAGGCAACACUCACCAGCACGACAUCUUCAGGGGCAUCAUCAGGCCAGGCGCUAUGCACUCCAGUGAGUUCGAUGCCAGGCUUGAUGUGGGGACAAUUGAGAAGGUCAAGUUUCUUUGGAAUAAUCACGUGGUAAACCCAAGCUUCCCCAAAGUGGGCGCAGCCAAGAUCACUGUGCAAAAGGGAGAGGAGCUGACAGAGCACAACUUCUGUAGUGCAGACACCGUGAGAGAAGACACUCUGCUCACUCUCAUGCCUUGCGAAACCCCAGACCCGGUGUGACCUCGUUAACACCAAUAAAAUCCUCUGCUGCACGUG